GCUAAAUACAAGCAGGCUUUAGAUCCAGAUCCAGAAGAACAGCAUGGCCUCGUCGGGAUCGGACUCGGUGUGGAUCGGCUUCAUGGACAUCGUUCCUGUGAUCGGGACGCUCAGAGAGUCCGUGGAGCUGGUGCUGGCUCUGUAUGAAGGGAACGAGGCGCUGGUGAAGGAGAAAGAGAAGGCCAUCGAGAACAUCGUGAAAGAGCCGCUUCUGAAACAGGCCAAAAAGAUGUCUGCUCCCCUUAAAUCUGCUCCGGCUGCAGAAGAGUUCUCUGGACUCAGAAACAUAAGAGAGGUCAGAAAGGACAUGAUUAUUGAAUAUAUGAUGAAAGGAUCCAAAAGAGAACAAAAAGCUCAAGCAGCUCAGCAGAAAGCGAGACAGAAAAAAGUGGAUGAUAUUAAGAAGAAAAUGUUAGUAAAGAUCCAGGCCAUCGAUAGAAACUGCAAUGAGGUGCUAAUAGAGGAAGUGGGGAAGUCGAAGAGAGGAGAACACGUCUUCAACAAUAACAUCCUCAAGUUCCACUCCAAGGUGUUAAAAGACUUCAUAGAAAAUAAAAUAUAUAACGAGCAGGCAGUGGCUACUUUAACCGGUCACACACUUCCUCCAAACACAGCCGAGGAUAUUCAGAGACACAUGGUGGUUCACUUUGAAGAUGAGUUGUACGUGAACGCGAACGCGGUGACCUACGGGAGAUACUGUGCAGCGCUGAGAGACGCUAUGCUCCGAGUGCUGAGCCGCACAGACCAGGAACGAGUCACGCAGAAUGACAGGCAACAGGUGAAUCACAUCAUUAAUAACAUGAACAAUCAUCAGGUCUACGUGGACGAGCUGGCCAAAGAAGAGUGGAUUCGUCAGGACAGAAGAGGAGCUAGACAGGCCCGCUUUGAAGAGGUGAGACUGCAGGUGGUGAACAUGUACGAGAAUGAUCGUGGGUUGGAGUGGUGUCUCCGGGUUCUGCGUGAAGUUCCCAGGGCUGCGGUCUAGAACCAACACGGUUCAUCCUAAGACGAGAAAGAGGACUUCUCUGGUGUGUUAUGAUCCACCUCCAGCCUCUGACUGAUCGUCUCAGCACUCUACACUUACUUCUGUUUUCUUGUGCUUCUUAUAAACAUCUUUAAAAUGUGUUUUUUUCCUUCUAAUUACAUAUUAUCUCUUUAUUGAUUUUUAUAAAAAACAUAUUCAACAUUGCCAAUGAAUGUCAAUUUACUAUCAAUAAAUGAAAAUGAAUAAACA